AUGGGGGUGGAGAUCGAGACUAUCUCUCCGGGAGACGGACGGACAUUUCCAAAGAAGGGUCAGACGUGUGUGGUGCACUACACAGGAAUGCUACAGAAUGGAAAGAAGUUUGAUUCCUCCAGAGACAGAAACAAGCCUUUCAGGUUCAAGAUUGGCAGGCAAGAAGUCAUUAAAGGAUUUGAAGAAGGUGUUACACAGAUGAGCUUAGGACAAAGAGCAAAGUUGACCUGCACACCUGAGAUGGCCUAUGGAGCCACAGGCCACCCUGGGGUCAUACCUCCCAAUGCCACGCUCCUCUUUGACGUGGAGCUUCUCAGGUUAGAGUGAACCUUCCUCGGGGAGUUGGCUGGAGACAUCUGUUAAUAACCAUCCAUUCCUUCCCGCCUUGCCAGUGGCGGGAGGAAUUUUCACUGGAAUCCCA